AUGGCGGGCGGGCCGGCGGCGGGCUCCGCUAUAGAGAUGGAGGGCGCGAUGCGGACGCUGCCCAGCAGCGGGCGGCCAUCCGGCACCGGGCGGCUGUCCCGAGGUCCGCUGUUCGGGCGGAACUACGGGCUGAGCCCCGGCAGCCGCCUGCUGCCGCCGCGCUGUCAGGAGAACGCGGAUCCGCAGAAGACGGCGUUCCUCCUGCGGAAGCAGUGGACCCUGUACAGUGUCAGCCCUCUGUACAAGUUUUCCAAAGCCGACUUGAAGGACUACGCCCGCAUGUUGGGUGUUUUCAUCGCCGCCGAGAAGCAGAAGGGGCUGGCAGUGGAUACGGACGGAGAGCUGGGGGUCAAGGUGGCCAUGUCCGGUCUGCCCGAGCUGAGGGGCAGCGAGCAGGACCCCCCCCGCUUGAUUCUAUGAUUCUUUUCCCCUUUCCAGCUUUCCUUGAGAUCAUCACUUUCCCCAAAAAACUCAGAAGAGAAGCUGAUAUGGUCAGGAUGGUUCUGCUGUGUGGCUGGAGAUGAUCUUUUAGAGGAUUUGCCUGAGAACUUCACUUGUUUACCUUUGUUCCUUGUUAAUGGGGCAGAAAGUUACACAGCCAUUGUUGGAAGUUGGUUUCAGGAGACUUUUGACUGCUGUUUCCGUCGUUUAGCCAUCAGCCCUCUCAAUCUCACUUGGAUGGCAGCUAUGUGGACUGGAUGCGAAGUGGACAAAAACACAGCUGCCAUGGAACUCCUUUUCUCUGUUCCUCACCUGCCUCAGCCUCUGGAUAUUUUAUAUGCCAUUCACCCUGAGGAUGCAAAAGCUCUGUGGGACACAGUCCAAAAAACUCCAGGAGAGAUCACUCAGGAAGAGGUGGAUGUCUUUAUGGAAUGCCUUUAUUCCCACUUCCACAGACACUUUAAGAUCCACUUGUCAGCUACAAAACUGGUGAAAGUUUCUACGGGAAUUGCCUCAGCACACUGUGAUGGGAUCAUAAAAUUUCUACAAAGCCAAUACCUGAUUGGAGUGCUGAUGCUACUGACAGAAUUAGCAAUCUCUCAGAUACAGUGAGACUCAACUCCGCAUAUCUUUGUGCAUACAGAGGCUUACCAAUGGAAGCUGAUAAGCCUACUGAAAAUUCAUUCUUGCAGCAUUUUUUCUUCUGAUCUGUAACUCCUGUGUGCAACUACUGCAUUUAAAUCCAUAGCCACAAUUCAGUAUGCAGAAAAGGCAUUUAACCCUACAGUAGCUUGUUAAGUAUCUGUCUGUUAUAGUCACUCUAUCCAUUUGUCUGUAUUUAUCUGCUGGAGGCUAGGAAACAAAACUGCAAGUUCUUGGAUGCGACUUACUGACAAGUUUUUCCAUUAUUGCUGCUGUCAGCAAUUUUGGUUUUCACUUAACUGAUAGCACCAGCUGUACAGUUAUACUGUGGUACACUUGGGCUGCAGGCUAAAUGUCAACGACUCCACUGUCAAGCAUGCCUGAAAAACUGAUACGUGUUUUAAGCUUCUAACUUCAUUGUUAGCUAAUUAAGACUGGCUAGUAAGGGUCGUAAAAUGUUCAUCUACUCCCUAGCUGAGCAAGGUGAAAAGCAUGACAGUUCCCUUGUUUCCAGCUCUGGUCUCACAAAGUUAAUGCGUGAGAAAUUGAAAUCAGCAUGAACUAGAGAUUUAAUGUGCUUUGCCUGGUAGUUUAUUGCCUUGGAUGUAAUUCUGUAGGCCAGAGUUCUGAGUUGGAGUUCUUGGUGCUGGAACUUUAUAUUUGAUCUCAUUCUAUACCAGGUAACAGUUCAGAGCUAGUGCACAGAGGCCGACUACAAACUAUGUGAGCCAAAAGGAAGUAGAAGUGCUAUGACUUGUAUAACAGUACCUCAUAAAUAUUUUUUUAGCUUUUUUCCCUAAUUGACUAGAGACAAACAGCAUGUCUGACUCAAUGUAUACUUGUAUUUUAUUUUAAUUUUUUUUACCUGACUAAACUGUUAAGCUUUGCUGCUCACAGUAUUAUUGAAUGUGUAAAGCAUAAUUUCCUGUGAAAUUCACUUGUAAUAACUUUAGGCUUCAAGAACUUUGUACAAGUAAUCAGUUAAAUAUGUUGUAACCUACCUGUAAGCAGGAAGGCAAGGUGUGAGUUGACCAAACCACAAGGUUAGAACACAUCAACUCCCCCUUAAAGGAGCUGGCUUGUUCCUUCUUCACCCCAGCAAGGCUGAGAUGAACCAGCUGUGUACACAUGAAUAACAUGACACCAUCACAUGCCUAGCUCCUUAUCUGUUACUGAAACUAGCCUCCUAGUACAGUUAGAAAAAGAACCAUGUACUUGCUUUCAGUUUGUAUUAAGCAGAGUUAGUUUUGCCUUGUGAAGGCUGUAUUUGUUGAAUUGAGGAUGCUUACUGAGUUAAGCACAGCCACAGGUCGUGACAGCCCGGCAACUAUUAGUUCUGUUGUUUUAGUUUCCUUUCAAAGACAUCAAAGUUUGCUGUGUUGACUGAGAGGAAUGCUUGGUAAGCAGACCUGUAUUUGAUUUUAAGUUAACUCAUUAGUAAUUUUCAAGAUCUAAUGUUCUGAUCUGACAGUUUGCAUAAGUAAUUUCUAAAUUCAAUGUAGCUUUGAGAACCUAAAAGCAUAUGAACCUUGUGGGAAUGCUCCAGCAGCAUGCUUUGCUUUUAAGAUUAGUACUUAGCUGAAGCCAGUGCUCUACUAAU